GCAAACAUGAUGUCCACUUCAGCAAGUGCUCAGCUCAAUAAAGCUGUGAAGCAGCAGUACAUGGAGCUCCCACAGGGGGAUACAGUGCAGGCCAUGUACAUCUGGAUUGAUGGGACAGGAGAGGGACUCCGCUGCAAGACCAAGACUCUGAACGCAGAACCUCAAACCAUUGAAGAUCUCCCAGAGUGGGAUUUUAGUGGCUCAGCCACUUACCUGUCUGAAUACUCCAACAGCGACAUGUACCUGAUCCCCAAGGCCAUGUUUAGAGACCCUUUCAGGAAGGACCCCAACAAGCUCAUUCUGUGUGAAGUGCUCAAACAUGACCGUAAACCUGCAGAAACCAACCUUCGUCACACAUGCAAAAAGAUCAUGGACAUGGUGGAGAACCUGCAUCCAUGGUUUGGUAUGGAACAGGAGGACACACUUCUUGGCAUAGAUGGUCGUCCUUUUGGCUGGCCCCUAAAUGGCUUCCCUGGACCACAAGGCCCUUACUACUGUGGAGUGGGUGCAGAUAAAGCCUAUGGGAGAGACAUCACUGAAGCACAUUACAGAGCCUGUCUGUACGCUGGGGUUAAGAUUUGUGGAAGCAAUGCUGAAGUUAUGCCUGCACAGUGGGAAUUCCAGGUGGGUCCUUGUGAGGGCAUCAGUAUGGGACACCAUCUUUGGAUGGCCCGCUUCAUCUUGCACAGGGUAUGUGAAGACUUUGGUGUUGUGGCCUCCUUCGACCCCAAGCCAGUCCCAGGCAACUGGAACGGAGCCGGAUGCCACACCAACUUCAGCACAAAGGAGAUGCGAGAGGAGGGAGGUUUAAGGCAUAUUGAGGAGGCGAUUGAGAAGUUGAGCAGGAGACAGAGUUACCACAAUCGUGCAUACGAUCCCAAAGGGGGGUUGGACAAUGCCAGACGCCUGACUGGUCUUUCAGCCCCCGUCAUCAACAAGUUCUCUGCAGGAGUGGCUAAUCGUAGUGCUACCAUUCGCAUCCCACGCGCUGUAGCGCAAGAUCAGCGAGGGUACUUCGAAGACCGCCGUCCGUCGGCCAACUGCGACCCAUACGCCGUGACUGAGGCGCUAAUUCGUACAUGCCUGCUCAAUGAGGAGGGAGAGGAGCCUGUGGAGUACUGUGAAAGUUAA